AUGAGCGACAGCGACGACGAUUUGUUGGCGCUUGCCGGAAUCGGCUCGGAAGGCGACGAGAGCGACUACGAGCCAGAAAUCCAGACCACUAAGCGCGCGGGCGGUCUCAAGCGCAAGAUCGACGAGUCGGAGGGCGAGCAGGACAACGACGACGACGACGACGAGUAUGGCGAGCAGGACCCGUACCCGCUGGAGGGCAAGUACAAGGACGACGCCGACAAGGCGCAGCUGCUGGCGAUGGACGAGGUGACCAGGGAACAGAUCAUCUACGACCGUGAGCAGGAGCGCGAGAAGUACAGGGAGAAACGGUUCUUGGCCCUGAGGGCGCGGCAGAGCAAGGCGGAGAGCAGUGCGAUCAAGGCGUCGCGGACGACGGGCAAGUCGCUGCGGACGAGCAAGCUGUCUGAGCUGAAAAAGCAGAGAGAAAGGAAGAACAGGAAGGAGAGCAGAGCGUACGACUCUGACGAGGAGGACAUGGACGCCAACGAGCUGGCAGACGAGCAGGAGGGCUCUGAGGACGAGGACGCGUACGAGGAGGACUACGAGAUCGACGACACAGACACGCGUCGCAAAAAGGACACCACCAGCGACUACGACGACAAGCUUUACCAGGACGCGACGUUGAAGGACCUGAACGCCAAGGUGCGCGCUAGUCGGACCAUUUUGUCGCGGUUCAUGUUCCGCGACGAGUUCGACGAGGUCAUCCGCAACACGUAUGUGCGUGAAACGCGGCGGAAAGCCGUACCGGUUGCUGAACAAGCCGUGCGACGUGUACCUGCUGGUGUCGCAGGGCGAGUCGAAGAAGCUGAUCGACAUGGCGUGCAUCUCGGACUCGCCGUUCAGCCCGUCGGAGUUCGAGGCGUACCGGAGACGGCUGGACGAGUCGGGGCUGGAGCUGCCGUCUGUGGGCCAGGUGGACGCGAAGUUCCGCGAGCUGCGGGACAUGUCGACGAGAAAGCUGACGGACGAGGACAUCAACAAGAUGGUGGCAAGAAAGGAGGCCAUCUCUGUGGCGGCGAUGGACUCGGGCAACAGGGUCAAGCGGCUGGCCCGGCUGCGGGAGGAGCUGCAGGUGGCUGUGGAGCAGCAGGACGAGGCGCGUGUCGAGACGCUGACGAAGCAGAUCGACGAGCUGGGCAAGUACGUGCACGCGGGCCACAGCGAGCUGAGCAGAAUGGACCAGAUCAACCUACGCAACAAGAAGAGCAACGAGACGGCCAUUCGCCGGGCCGAGAAGCUGAACGUGGAGCACCGCCAGAAACAGAUACUCAACAACAACUUCAACGACCCGUUUUCGCGGCUCCGCACCAACCCCAAGAUCUUCUACUCGUCGGCCCAGUCUGCGCAGAAGGAGAUGGCCGGCGAGGAGCAGCGUGUGCCGGAGCACGCCGAGCACCGCGAGGAGUCGCCGCUCAAGUGCAAGUUUGUGAGAGACGGCGUCGACGCGGUCAUCGGGACGAUCGACUUCGACGUCCAGCUGCAGCUGUAGCGGUGUAUAAAUAUUAG